CAGGAAAUUGUAGAGGCAUUUCUAUGUAGCAUACCUUUUCACCCAGCAGUAUACACAGUGAUGGUGCGUCCUGUCGCCCAAUCCGUCCUCACUGGUUCGAAUAUGGGCAGUGGCUUCAUGAUUUUAGGAGUAGGCAUAUGUGUCUUGGUGUACGUUUGCUGGCGGUUGUGGAGAUUUACCCUACUGCCCUACCUUCACCCUUCUAGGCCAAAGGAGUUGCCAUACUGGAUCCCAUGUAGCCUAGCUACCCGUUCACAGCUAUUCAGAUUGAUUGACAUCACUAGGACACCUUUACCCAUUCUUCAAGGAUUACAAUAGUGCUCUUGAAGGCGCAAGGCAUGCUUCUGCAACGUCUGCUGCUGAAAGAUUCCACUAAUAUACCCGCAAGGAACUACUUCAACGACGAUAAGGAACCAUAUAGUGUUUGGCUCGCCGGUGCGCGCAUCUAUGUCCUCACCAAUCCUGAAGAUGUUGCGUACAUGUACAAAAACACUACGACAAUCUCAUAUCACAGCAUGAUCAAGCAAAUGCAUUACAUGAUGGCCGUCUCGGAUGAUGGUGUGAAAAAGCUCUUCACUCUGGAUCCGAGUGCCAAACACAAUGCGAAUAUGGGCAAUCCCAUGGUGCCUGCGCUUAUGACCAACGAAUACCACCGCCAACAGCUGUAUCCCGGGCCCCAUCUCGACGAUCUUCUUGAUAAAAGAAUUUUACCUUACAUAUGGAAUACUCUCAAUCGCAAACCAGUGGCAAUUGAAAAUCCACGGCGCAUAGAUCUGACAGACGGCACACCGGUAUCGCUAAUGGCGUUGAUGGUCGAUCUAUUUGACGGCGGCAUUACAAGCGCCUUCUUUGGCGCAGCAAUUUGGGAGGUCAAUCCCGACCUUCUCCAUGACUUUAUGGCUUGGGAGGUGACAAACUGGAAGUGGACUUUCUCAAUGCCAGAUGUCAUCAGUGGGGACAUGCUGCGGGCUAAGAACGCUAUUGUCAAUACCUUCAUAAAGUACCUGGAGCUUCCACACGUAAAACGUAGCGACAGCGCUUUCUUCCCGAAGGCUAUGGAGCAGAUGUUGAGAGACGUAGAUGUCGGCAUGGAGGACAUGGCCAAGACAAUCAUGUUGCACUUCUGGGCGUAACGUGAUCUCCAAGCGAACGACGCACACAACCGAAC